AUGGGAGCAGUACCUUCUACGCCGCGUCUCUCCGGCGCUCGCCCUCAGGAUACGGCCGAGUAUUUAAUCGGCUCAUUUGUCGGUGAGAAGACGUUUCCUAUAAGUUCUGAUUUCUGGCAGAAACUUCUCGAACUCCCUCUCAAUCUCCAUUGGCCUACUCACCGUGUUCACGAAGCCUGCAAGCUCUUCGCACAAAAUAAUUGCUAUACUAGGCAUCUUGCGAAGAUUUUUAUUCACUUGUCAUGGUGUUUGCAAGAGUGUGUUUCAAGUUCUGGUGCACCGUCGGAAGUUUAUACGAAGGCUGUUAAUGCGGUUUACAUUUCAUCUGUUUUUUUGAAGUACUUAAUAGAAAAUGCUCAAAGCAAUAGCAUUGAGGAGUUGCAUUUAUCAUUGAAUGAAAGCGAACCAGCACCGAAUGAUUUGAAAACAGGACCGACCGAUAGGAACCCUUUUAUUGAUGCAGCUAUGGCACAGGAAAGUUCUUUGGUUAGUUUGGUUGUUCGGAGAUUGCUACUUAAUUAUAUAAUACGACCUCGUAUCCCAUUUAACAGUGCAUCUUAUCCAGUAUUUUCUGGUGGGACUCAGCCUGGAGUUUUGCAAAGAGUCAGUUCUGCAGCUGCCACUUUUGUUUUAUUGCCAUUCAAUUAUUUGGUCAGUUCAACUGGUGAUGGCUCAAGAAAUCCAUUGGCAGACUGCAGUCUUCAUGUGUUGCUUAUUCUUAAUUAUUAUCAUAAGUGUGUUGUGGGUGAGGAGGCCAUGACAGACAGAAGUGAUGACAGUGCCACUUCAGAUUCUAUUUCCAAAGGAAAAACAUACUUCUCUGACAAUCCUUACUGCAAAGCCUUGGAAAAUGCAAGGGAUAUAGAACGUGAGAUCUUCUUUUCACCAAUUUCUUUUUCAAAUUGCUUUGGCAUGUUGUAUGUUGUUGCAAUAUUGCUGAAUAGUACCAUGCUUUCAGUUGAUCGUGUAGACAUCGAGGGGAAUGCGCCCAGUGGGUCACAUGUGAGAUUGCCAUUUGCAUCUCUGUUUGAUACUCUUGGCAUGUUUUCCCUCUACAGGUGCUUGGCUGAUGAAACAGCAGUCCUAUUGCUUUACACAUUGGUGCAUGGAAACUCUGACUUCUUGGAUCUUGAUGAUCUUGUAACUGCAACUGUGACCACAAAUACGAUCAUGACCAUGAUUAUAAACCAUGUCAGUAUAUCCAUUUUGAAGAAGGCAGUUUUUAGCCCUAGGCCUAAGGUGACUGCUGCUUCUAGGGUGUACUUCUGCCAGCUUUUACCUGGUUUAAUGCCAAUUCUGGAAACACUGUACAAUGCUUCAAAGAGGACGUCGAAUCAUAUAUACAUAUUGCUGAUUAUACUUCUUAUACUUAGUCAAGAUUCUUCUUUUAAUGCAAGCAUUCACAAGAUGGUACUGCCAAGCGUUCCAUGGUAUCAAGAACACCUUCUUCACCAAACAUCCCUUGGUUCCUUAACAGUCAUAAUUCUUAUAAGAACCGUGAAGUAUAAUCUAUCUAAGCUGCGGGAUCUCUAUCUCCAUACAACUUGUCUGGCAACUUUAGCAAACAUGGCUCCUCAUUUUCAUCGUUUGAGUGCAUAUGCAUCACAGAGACUUGUUAGCCUAUUCUAUAUGCUCUCACGCAAGUAUAACAAACUUGCAGAGCGAAUAGAUGAUAAAGUGGGGAAGAGUGGCUCUUUGGGGCAAGAAAGCCUUGCUGAAGAUCUGUCGGCAGAAUUGCAUAUUUACACUGACUUCUUGAGAAUUGUCCUCGAAAUAUUAAAUGCGAUUUUGACUUAUGCCUUGCCACGCAAUCCUGAGGUUGUAUAUGCCAUAAUGCACAGGCAAGAGGUUUUUGAGCCAUUCAAGAAUCAUCCGCGCUUCAAUGAACUGAUUGAAAAUAUUUACAUGGUUUUAGAUUUUUUCAAUAGCCGGAUCGAUUCCCAAACACAUGAUGGUGAAUGGUCAGUGGAGAAAGUCCUCCAACUCAUAAUUAUGAAUUGUCGAUCAUGGCGGACUGAAGGCAUGAAGGUUAAAACAACUUUGGAAAUCAGAAAUGUUUACUCAAUUGCAUUUCUCAUACGAACAAGAGAGUCACCCAGAGGAGUUCUUUACUCCAUAUAUUUGGCGCCUAGCUAUAUCCCACUGAAACCAAAUGAUGAUGAAGUGGAUCAAAAUAAGUUUCAAAAUACGAGUCUGAAUGACCGCAGAGUUCUGCUUGACCUGUAG